AGGCUCCGUCCAGCUGCUGUCCUUUCCUCCCAGGCCAGUUGAAAUGUCCUGUUAACGUUUCGCUGUGAAUUCCUUUCGGACUCUGAGAUGAACGUGAAGUGGACAUUGAAACGAUUUCUUCUUAUGUCGUUUUCAGUCUCCCACCUGCUGUUACUAGAGGGAGCUCAGAUCCAACGUUCAGUAGCAGAAGGACGAUCACAAAGAAGGGCUAAUGCACUCCGGAGGAAACGGGAUCUCCUUGGGGAGGAGACAUAUAGGCCAUUGUUGUCAGAGGGUACCCUGUCACGCAGUAUUUUGCACAACUACACAGCCAGAGAUUCCUCUUCAGAACACUGCGGCUGCCUUAAUGGUGGCUGGUGUCAGGAGGGCGGUGUGUGUGACUGCGCUCAGUUCCAGGCACUGGGAGACCGCUGCCAAAUCAUACCCAAUCAGGGCCAGGAUCGAGAUGGGAUCUGCAGGUCGUGGGGUCAGCACCACUACGAAACAUUUGACGGAAUCUACUUCUAUUUCCCUGGAACCUGCUCCUAUAUUCUGGCUCAGGACUGCCACUCGGCUACACCACAGUACACAGUGUGGAUUCAUAAUAGCAGAGUGUGUGAUGGAAGUGGAUAUUUAUGUCCGAGAGCUCUCAGUUUGUUCUUCCCAAAUGAGGAGGAGAUUCACAUCUCUGGAUAUCAGGUCCAUCAGGGAGGUCGCAGGUUGAGUCUGCCUCAGACUGUAGGUGGGGUGUUUAUUGAGCGACUGGCCGACUACCUGCUGGUGAAGAGCGUGUUUGGCUUCUCCUUGGCCUGGGAUGGAGGCUCGGGCGUCUACUUGAAAAUGAGUGAGGAGCACCAGGGCGCCCCAUGUGGCCUGUGUGGGAACUUCAACCACAUCGCUGGCGAUGACCUUACCACUGCUCGUGGCAUUCGGACAGACGAACCUGCAGUAUUUGCCAACAGUUGGACUGUGGAUCUCCCUCAUGAGAGAGUUUGUCCCUCAAUCGAUCUCGACUUCAAUGGGCCCUGCGAUUCUGAGUCAGACAUGGAUGACGCCAUCGAGAAAUGCAGUGCGCUUCUCUUCUUUCCAUUUCUGUCAUGUCAUGAAAAUAUUGACCCCAAUCCUUUCGUGGCCAGCUGUGUGUCUGACCUCUGUGUGUCUGAUGAUGAGGAAACAUUUUGUCGUGCUUUGGUUGAAUACACCAGAGCCUGUUCACAUGUAGGAUAUCCUGUGAGGGAGUGGAGAGACAGUUUCCCCUCAUGUUAUGACGGCUGUGAGGAGAGCUUUGUGUAUAGAGACUGUAUCAGUUGUUGUCCACCCACCUGCACGUUUGAGAAAGAGUGUCUAGGAACCAACCUGCAUUGUCUGGACGGCUGCUACUGUCCUGAUGGUCUUAUCUUACAGAACGGGACUUGCAUCCCUGUUUCUCAGUGUCACUGUGUUUAUCAUGGAACAUCAUACCUACAAGGACAAGUUCUCCAACAGGGCUGCAGCAUCUGCGCGUGCAUGGGAGGAGUGUGGAACUGCACCGAGAACAACUGCACAGUCGAGUGUUCGGUGGUAGGAGACGUGUUUGUGACCACGUUCGACGGCAGGAUGUUCCUCCAGCCGGGGGCGUGUCAGUACGUGCUGGCGAAGAGCCGUGGCAGCAGCAGAUUCACCGUCACGCUGCAGUACACGACCUGCGCAGAGCAUCAGGCGUGUAUUCAGUCAGUAACCGUGGUGUUGGAUGAAGAUGUGAGUCAUCAGAUCACCUUGACAAGAGAAGGGGAGGUGAUAGUUGGUGUCCACGCCGCUCCUGCGCUCCCUUACGUUGAUGAUGCUGUUGAGGUGCACAGGCUGACCUCUGUGUUCACACAGCUGAAGACAGGGAUCGGUCUGAAGCUGUUUUAUGACGGCAGAGGGGGUCGGGUUUACGUGCAGCUGGAUGGCUGGUGGCGUGGACAGACAUUGGGCCUUUGCGGAACUUUUAAUGGAAAUCUACGAGACGACUUCCUGUCUCCGGCAGGUAUGAUAGAGGGCACGCCUCAGCUGCACGCCAACGCUUGGAAGGUGUCGUCUGCGUGUGUUGCUCCCAUUAAUCUGCCCGUUAUAGACCCAUGUGAGAUGAACCAGAACAACGUGUUCUAUGCAUCCCAGUGCGAUGUGCUUUUGGGGAGUGUGUUCGCCCCCUGCCAUGGCUACAUCAGUCCAAACAUCUACCAGCAGCAGUGUCGUUACCAGGCCUGUCGCUGCGGAAGCAGCUGCCUGUGCACGGCGCUGGCUCACUACACUUAUCUGUGCUCCAAACAUGACGUUGAAAUUAACUUCCGAGCACACGUCUCUGAAUGCGGAGUGGUGUGUCUCGGAGGUAUGCUGUACCACUCCUGCGUGUCAUCCUGUGGUCGAUCCUGCCGUGCUCUGCCUGUCGUCGAGACGUGUGACCCCGAGGACUGCGCGGAGGGGUGUGGUUGUCCUGACGGCGGUUACUAUGAUGAUGUGCGCCAGCGCUGUGUGCAGCUGUCUCAGUGUCAUUGUUACUCCAUGGGUGGGGUGUCCCAGCCAGGAGAGGUGACCUUCAGUGCGUCUGGACCUUGCCUGUGCAGAAAUGGGAAGAUGGAGUGUGAGCCGGAGGAAAAAGAGCCCGACAGCGUAGAGGUCGGGGAGUGUCCCGAGGGGAAAGUGUACCACAGCUGCACCGAGCAGAGAGGAGGCGUGGCCUGCGCGCCGACCUGCCGUAACCUGAUGUUGAACCUCACCUGCCCACCCAACACGCCGUGCAUACCUGGCUGCGUCUGCCCCCCUGGGCUGGUGCUGCACCAGGGCGACUGCUACUACCCGGAGAACUGCCCCUGCGCUUGGCUGGGACUUGAAUACCUGCCUGGGCAAAUAGUGGAAACAUCUUGCUACAGAUGUGUUUGCCAUCGUGGUUUUUUUAACUGCAGCUACUAUCCGUGUCCAGCUGUGUGCACUGUAUACAGCGACAGACACUACCACACCUUUGACGGCCUCGAGUACGACUACUACUCUGACUGUCAGGUCUACCUGCUGAAAAGCGCUGGAGAAACCGAGGUGUCCAUUGUUGCCCAAAACAAAGACUGCUACGAGAGCGGCAUUGUGUGCAUGAAAAUCCUGGUGAUUCACGUGGGACUCACCAAAAUCUACUUCACUGACAACUCUGGCAAUCCUAACCCCUCAACUGUCGUGGGCCGAGGGUCAGAGUUUGAGCUCUGGAAGGCGGGCUACUACACGGUGGUUCAUUUCUCCAGCCAGGAUCUGACCAUCCUCUGGGAUCGCAAGACGACUGUGCACAUCAGAGUCGGCCCUCGUUGGAAGGGCCUUCUCAGUGGGAUGUGUGGAAAUUUUGACAGCGUGACAGUAAACGACAUGACCACAUCUAGCCACAUGGAAGUCAACAACGCGCAGACAUUUGGAGACAGCUGGGCCCUAGGACAGUGUGAAAGUGACUACAUACUUGAGCGACCGUGUGAAGGGGACUUGGGGAGACAGCCGUACGCUAAAAGGGAGUGUGCUCUCCUCUACAGUGAUGUAUUUGCACCUUGUCACAAUGUGGUUGAUGUGGCCUGGUUUUAUAGGAACUGCCUGACAGACACUUGCAACUGCAACCGCGGGGGAGAUUGCGAGUGCCUUUGCACGUCCAUCGCUGCGUACGCGCACAAAUGCUGUCAGCAGGGGGUCACGAUACACUGGAGAUCGCCCUCAGUCUGUCCUUAUGACUGUGAGUACUAUAACCAAGAGUUAGGCGAUGGCCCAUUUUCGUUGGCGAGUGCUGCUUAUAAUGACACCAUAUUUGGAGUGAAUCACACCAGCAGUUCAGUGUUUCCGCUCAUAAGAGAGAAGCCAGGACAGUUGCCCGCUCCAGGCCUGCUCUUCAACUUUAUGAUCACCGAAGGCCUGUGGAAGGACAGGAUGUCACGCGUUCCUGUCGUUUCGCUGGAGUCUGCAGAAAGACCAAAUUAUUUUCUUGCGGUGUCGGGCCGCAGCCGCCUCCAGCUGGAGCAGUGGAGUCGAGGGGCAGAGUUCGCCCGCAGGGCGACCUUCGUCCAGCACCAGGGGCUGUUUCUGCCAGGUUACACCUCGUUCGAACUCGUGGGCCAACUGGGAAUGUUUCUGACACUCACACGCACUGCCGCUCGAGCCCAGAGAUACGGCAGCUCAGAGGGCUUCAAGGCCAGCAGCAGCUUCACCCUGGAGGAAAGUCCAUUUAUAAUACCUUACCGUAUGAUGUGCGAGUGGCGUUACCAGGCCUGCGCAAGUCCUUGUGUCCACACGUGCAGCGAUCCGGAUGCCACGCGCUGCCAUUUCCUGCCUCCCGUGGAGGGUUGCUUCCCCCGUUGUCCCAAGAACAUGAUCCUGGAUGAAGUCACAAGAAGAUGCGUCUACCCAGAGGACUGCGUGUCCCUUCCUCCAACUCCAACGCCCUUCGCCUUUGUGACACGGUCCAACAGAACCACGACCGCGCCGACAACCACGACUUCCACCACAACCACAAGAAUGACAACUACUACAAAAGCAACGACAACCCCCUCCACUACCGUCAGGCCCACGACAACUACACCCACCACCACCACCCCAGCUGUCACCACAACAUUAACUACCAAGCUCACCACUACUACAGCUCCACCCACAUCCACUGCACCUUCAACUACGGUUGUUCCUACCACACCUUCAACCACACCCGAACCAACCACUCUCAGCACAACGGAAGUGACGCCCACUCUAUCCACAGCGCUCACCACAACAACCCCCACCACCGCACCCACCACAGUCCCUUCAACUUCGAUCCCCCUUCCCACGACAUCUGCUUCCACCACCACCGCUACCACACCGACUACCCCGCCGCCCACCACGUCCCCCACCACCGCCCCGCCGCCAACCACCACAGUCGCCACGACUGCCCCCACCACGACCAUCCCCGAGACCACCACUCAGUCCGCAACCACUCCCGAACCAACCACUCCCACCACCCCAGAAACCACCACCACCACUGAGCCAACGACGGCUCCACCGACCACAGAGCCCACCACUACAGAGAUGAUCACGAGUCCCGAAACCUCUCCUACAACUGAAGCGCCAACCACCCCUCAUUUCCUCCUGCCCACCACACCAUGCACACCUCCCUUCUCCCAUCGUAUUGACGAGUGCGCCGAGCUGAUUUGUUUCAACGGAGAGCUGCUUCUUCACAACUCCUCCCUCCACUGUCGCUACAGCACCGUCGCCCCUCAGUGCAGUCUGCUGGGCCUGCCCGUCCUCGUCAAUACGGACCCCUGCUGCCCACAGUGGCAGUGUCCGUGUCGCUGUACUGUGAUGUCAGACUUGCGUGUGAUCACAUUCGAUGGUAAUAAUGUGGCCUUGUAUGACAACGGCUCCUACAUCUUGGUCAACCUGCCGAGAGAAACUAUUAUUGGCACUGUGGAGAAAUGUCCAACCAGCCAGAGCGUAAACUCCAUCAGGCGACCUAGUCCAACAGGUGGAACGUCUGGUCUUUGUUUUAAGAAGCUGAACAUUACAACUUCCAACCACAGGAUCAUAAUCAACCGACUUGAUCGCAAGGUAACAGUAAACUACAGGCUUGCAAAGCUCCCAUUUUCCCGUCACUCGUUUUAUGUGGAAGACACGGGCAGCAUGUACCUGAUCCACACACCUGGCCGCAUUAGCAUACAGUGGUAUCACAGCACAGGGAUUAUGGUGCUGCUGUACAAUGCCCCCAGCAAUGCAUCUGUGCCCACCCGAGGCCUGUGUGGCUCUUGUGACGGGAAUCCAGAGGAUGACCUGAAGCUGCCGAACGGCACCGUGGUCAGGGAAGUGGGAGACAUGAUGCUCUUUCUGCAGGCGUGGAGGGUCCAGACCACAGACGACACCGAACACACACGCAGGGUCGGAGACAACUGCACCGUUGGGGACUGCUCCACGUGUCUUUCAAUGCUGCAGCAGAGGGCCUUUACACCCUGUCACAGCAAGGUGCCUCCAGAGCAGUUCUGUGACAUCAUGUGGGCGGGCGACCUGCAUUACAAGGACCACCAGUGUGACUUUCUGGCGGCCUACGUGGCAGUCUGCUACACACAUCAAGUCUGCAUCAGCUGGAGGCGAAACAACUUCUGCCCGCUGCGGUGUCCCCCCGGCAAGGAGUAUCAGCCGUGUGUGAGCACCUGCAACAGCCGCACCUGUCUUAACAAGGACUACUACGAGGAAACCACCUGCUCCUUCAUCAGGGAGGAGUGUGUGUGUCGCAGUGGGACCAUCCUGCACCGAGCCGACUCGCCCUACUGUGUCACCGAGGAUCGUUGUGUUUGCACAGACAAUGAGGGGAACCCCCGGGCCCCUGGAGAGGUGUGGAACGGCUCUGCUCGAAGCUGCUGUCUGUAUAAGUGCAUGGAGAACGGCUCUGUGGUCGCUGUGGAACCAGACUGCAGUGCUGUUCCUACACCACUGUGUGAGAGGGAGGGAGAGUAUGUCCUGGAUGUGUUAGAAGAAGGAUCCUGUUGUCCAAAGAAGAUCUGUGAUUGCAACAUGACAAUCUGUGACAGCGAGGCGCCCCCUUGUGAUAAUGGCAACCGGCUGGUGAUUGGUUACAGCGCACUGUCCUGCUGUCCAGAGUACCGAUGUGAGUGUGAUCCCAUGGCGUGCCCUCCUGUUUCUGCCCCCGACUGCAGGGAAGAUCAGUUCCUUGUCGAGGUCAGGGGCCAGAAAUCUUGUUGCUAUUCUUUUCUGUGCGUGUGUGAGUCAUGUAUCGAGCCCAUUCCCACUUGCUCUCAUGGAGAAAUCCUGGCGGUAGAUCUGAACACCACCAACAGCUGCUGUCCACAGUACCAUUGUGUGUGUGAUGUUAACCUUUGUCCCAAAACAUCUGUAAGUUGUGCACCUGGGCUCUCUUUGGUUGAAACUGCUGUUCCUGGGGAUUGCUGCCCUCAUCACCACUGUGAAUGUCAAUGUGAAGACGCCGCGCUCUCCAUAUGUCAGUUGGGGGAGGUUCUGGUUGAAGUCCCUGACAGCAGCACCAUCUGCGGCUGUCCUCAACACACGUGUCAGAAAGGUGCGGUGUGUCUGUUCCAAGGCGUGACAGUGCUGGGUCCAGGACAGUCUCUGGUUCAGUACUUUGAAGGAGAACUGUGCUACACCGUUCAGUGUCUGCAUUUCAAAGAUCCACUCACCGGCUUCCACGCAAUGGAGAUCACCUCUGUCAACUGCUCCCAAAAAUGCGGACCUCACCAGGUGUACGCGCCGUCCACAGACCCUCAGGUGUGCUGUGGCUCCUGUAAAAACAUCUCCUGCACCUUCACCAACGAAAACGGAUCGGCGGAGCUUUUCACUGCAGGGAGUUCCUGGGUGGAGAACUGCACACGUUACGACUGCGUGGAGACAGCAGUGGGAGCGGUGAUUCUGGCGUCGGGGGUCAUCUGUCCUCCUUUCAAUGAUUCAGAAUGCGUUCAGAGCGGCGGUGUUGUUCAAAGCUACGUGGACGGUUGCUGUAAGACAUGUAAAGAAGACGGGAAGACAUGUAAGCGGGUGGCAAUCCGGACCACCAUUAGAAAAGACGACUGCAGAAGUAAUUCACCGGUUACAGUGUACUCUUGUGAUGGGAAAUGUCCAUCCGCCACCAUAUUCAACUUUAACAUAAACAGUCAUGCCCGUUUUUGUAAGUGCUGCCGUGAGAGUGGACUGCAAACACGGACUGUCUCACUGUACUGCUCUCGCAAUGCCACCAUGGUGGACUACAACUUCCAAGAACCUCUGGACUGUUCCUGCCAGUGGAACUAAACCAGCUGGACAUGUGAACAAAACGUGACAAAUUAGGCAAAUGUUUUAUUAAAGGGAUUUAAAGGGGCUUUUUGUUUUUAUUAUACUUAUUGGACAAGCGUAAAACACCAGCCAUUUUGUUUUGUUAUACUAGCACACAGGACAACACUGACCUUGUGUUAGAGCUGCAUCUGCUGUCUGUGGAAAAUGAGUUUGUUUAUAUAUUAGUUAUCCAUUUAAUUAACAACUGCCGUGCCAACCCUGUCAGCUUUUAGUGUUUUCAGCUGAUGGAAACUCUAGUGUUUUUAUUCCAGUUCUUGCGUUUUUAUGUAAAGUAGGUGCUGUUUGAUAGCCUUGUGCUUUUGUUCCUAGAAAUUGAAAUGGCUUUUAUUUUGCUUUUGUUUUUAUUGUUUUAGGUAAAGCAGCCGAUUAAACUAUUUAAAAGUG